UUACAUUUAUUCCGUAAUGAGGUUCAGGUGUAGUGACAGGUGUUCACCAGUAGGGGGCAGUUAACCAGCAUCCAACCUUCUGAAGAAGGCGCUUACUUCCGGCCAAACAGAGACUCCCAUUGGUCGAAACCCUCAUGGCUUUUGUAACCGUACGAAAAUGUUUUGUAACUGUUGAACAAUGUUUUAUAGCUACGUUGUUUCGUCAAGUCACAGUUUGGGUCCGCGGGUGUUUACUCAAGCACAACUUGUAGCAAACGUAAAACCUUCAGGUCGCCUCCUGCAGCUUGCUCCCCGGCUCUGGCAGCGACAUGUCCCCGGUGCCCAAAGUGAGACUGUCCGGAGGUCUGGAGAUCUGCCGGGUCCUGAACGGGAUGUGGCAGGUGUCCGGGGCGCACGGAGCGGUGGACAAAGCCAGAGCAGUUGAGGCCAUGCAGGCCUACGUAGACGCUGGUCUGACCACAUUUGAUAUGGCAGAUAUUUAUGGGCCUGCAGAGGAAAUAUUUGGACAGUUCAACAGCCAGCUGAAGUCCAGAUCCUCUGAGACUGCUGCUCCAGCUCUGCAGAGUCUGACCAAAUAUGUGCCAAGACCAGGACCAAUGAACCGCAAGGUGGUGGAGAAGGCACUGCAGCGCUCCAUGGCCCGUAUGCAGGUGGACAGUCUGGACUGUGUUCAGUUCCACUGGUGGGACUAUGGAGACAAGAGAUACUUGGACGCGCUGGGACACCUGUCUGAUCUGCAGCAAGAGGGAGUCAUACGUGAACUUGCCCUCACUAACUUUGACACACAGAGACUGGAGGAGAUCACUAAAAGAGGCAUCCGUAUCUCCAGCAACCAGGUUCAGUACUCUGUGAUUGACCAGCGACCUGCAGCGAAGAUGGAGCAGUUCUGUCUGGCUAACGACAUCAAGCUCCUCACUUACGGCACUUUGGCUGGCGGUUUGCUCUCAGAGCGUUAUCUGGGGAAGGCGGAGCCCAACUCUAGGGCGGAGCUCCACACCGCCUCCCUCUCUAAGUACAAAAACAUGAUCGACACUUGGGGCGGCUGGAACCUUUUCCAGGACCUCCUUGUCACCUUGGAGACCGUUGCCAAGAAAUACGACUGCUCACUGGCCAGUGUGGCAACGCGUUUCGUGCUGGACCGCCCUGCGGUGGGCGGGGUCAUUGUGGGCUGUCGGUUAGGCGUCGCAGGGGCGGGGCAGCACAUCAGUGACAGUCUGCGUAGCUGCAGCCCUGACCUGAAGCUCACGGCGGAAGAUCUCACCACCAUCGAAGCAGUGACACGCCGCUCCAGGGACCUCAUGGCGCUCAUUGGGGACUGCGGGGAUGAGUACAGGAGCUAAAAGGGGGAGAGGGGAGACUGAAUGACUGACUGGAUGUGACAGACGGGGUGAGGACAGAAGCGUAACAUCUCCCACAGCACAAUCACAUAAUGGAAAACAAUAAAAUGCAACUCCUGAUGGAAAUCAGAUUUCUGCCACUUGAUCUGUAUCAGUUUUUGCUCACAAAGACUACCUGCUCCUCUGUGACAGAUGAUAAAGAACAUUUGGCAAAAGCUUGUGAAAAUUAGUUUUAUCAUAAAUGUGUAGUUAUAUAAAAGACGCAUUUAAACAAACUGAACACUUCUCUCCUACAUUGCCCGCUUAGAGGGAGAAACUUCUCAUUACAGUUAAUAAUCAGUGUUUACAUGAAAAAGGUCUUGUAUGUCUUCAAUUCAGAGAAAGUUCAGUGUCUCAGUUGUCUAAGCUGUAUUAUAAAUAUAUAUAUAACAUAAUGAGAUAUAGUGUCUGAAUUAUGGCACUCUAUUUUUACUUGAAUGUAAUAUUUCAGAUGAUUUUUUUUCUUGCAAUGAACAUUUUCAAAAAACACUUUAAAGGAAUGUAUAUAAAAGUGAAUAAAAACUUUUUUUCCACCA